AUGGAUUCAUGCUGUGUGACCUUGAAACCAAACACCCAUUUGAGAAAACCAAGUGGUCUUUGUAAUGGUGAUGGUGGGUUUUGGGGGGAGAGGGUUAGAGGGAGCCUUAAUAACAAGAUUUGGGACAAUCGGUUGACAAAGGCUUUGAGAGCUGAGAAGAGGGCCAAGAAGGUGAAAUCUGGAGUUGUUCUUUCUGUUCUUACAUCAAAUAACACCGAGGCUGUGGCUGUGCAAAUGCCACCUAUAUAUAGACGGAGAGUAGACCCCAAGAAUGUAGCUUCAAUCAUUUUAGGAGGAGGAGCAGGGACUCAGCUCUUUCCUCUUACAAUAAGAUCAGCAACACCUGCAGUCCCAGUUGGAGGAUGCUACCGUCUUAUAGACAUUCCAAUGAGCAAUUGCAUCAACAGCAAUAUAAACAAGAUUUUUGUACUGACGCAGUUUAAUUCUGCUUCUCUCAAUCGUCACAUUGCUCGCACCUAUUUUGGAAAUGGUAUCAACUUUGGGGAAGGAUUUGUAGAGAUUCUGGCAGCCACUCAAACGCCUGGGGAAGCAGGAAUGAAUUGGUUCCAAGGAACAGCAGAUGCUGUGAGGCAAUUUAUAUGGGUAUUUGAGGAUGCCAAAAACAGGAAUGUUGAGAAUGUACUGAUUUUGUGUGGCGAUCAUCUUUACCGAAUGGAUUAUACGGACUUUCUGCAGAGUCACGUUGAUAGAAAUGCUGAUAUUACAAUUUCAUGUGCCACAGUGGGUGACAGCCGUGCGUCGGAUUAUGGAUUGGUGAAGAUAGACAGCAGAGGUAAAGUCAUCCAGUUUACUGAAAAACCAAGGGGAGCUGAUCUAAAAGCAAUGCAAACAGAUACCACGCUUCUGGGAUUGUCCCCACAAGAUGCCAUGAAAUCCCCAUAUGUUGCAUCAAUGGGAGUUUAUGUAUUUAAGACAGAAAUUUUGCUAAAUCUUCUGAGGUGGAGAUAUCCAACAUCAAAUGACUUCGGGUCUGAAAUCAUUCCUGCAGCAGUGAGAGAGCACAAAGUUCAAGCAUUUAUGUUCAGAGAAUACUGGGAGGACAUUGGAACUAUAAAGUCUUUCUAUGAUGCUAACUUGGCCCUCACCAAAGAGUUCGCGAAGUUUCAUUUCUAUGACCCAAAGACACCUAUCUUCACCUCUCCUCGAUUCUUACCACCAACCAAGAUCGACAAGUGCCGGAUUGUGGAUGCAAUAAUAUCACAUGGAUGUUUCUUGCGAGAAUGUAGUGUCCAGCAUUCAAUUGUAGGUGAACGUUCACGAUUGGAUUAUGGUGUUGAGCUGAAGGAUGCUAUAAUGAUGGGUGCAGACUAUUACCAAACUGAAACUGAAAUUGCAUCUCUGCUUGCGGAGGGGAAGGUCCCAGUUGGUAUUGGAAGGAAUACAAAGAUUAGGAAUUGUAUAAUUGAUAAGAAUGCAAAGAUAGGGAAGGACGCAGUGAUCGUGAACAAAGAUGGGGUUCGAGAAGCAGAUAGGCCAGAAGAGGGAUUUUACAUUCGUGAGGGAAUCACAAUUAUUCUGGAGAAGGCAACAAUACAAGAUGGCAUGGUUAUAUGA